AUGAAGCCAUCAGGCAGCCUUCUGCUUUUGGUCAGUGUGGCCUAUUUGUUCUUCUUUGCAGAGGCUGUGAGCCAUGGAGGUUCUCGGGCUUUCUGCAGCAACUAUGAGAAAACAGUUACAGAUGGAAAACUCUGUCCCAAGAUCAACAAACCAGUGUGUGGUACUGAUGGGAAAACUUACCACAAUCCCUGUGAAUUCUGCAAAGCAGUUAUGGGAAGAAAUGGAAAGCUUGGUUUCAAACAUGAAGGGAAAUGUUGA